AUGUCUGAGAAGAUCAAAGAUGCAGUGCUUGCCGAAGCCAAAAAUACUCAAGCAGUUGCUCAUGAUGUGAUUACGUCGGGCGCAUACUUGUAUCCAUUCAAGGGAAUCAUCUACUUUGCGACACAUAAAGACCUCUGGCGCCCUUUUAUAUCUCGCGCCGGUCGAACUAUCACGCUUGGAGUAGGCGUCACGUCCGUCAUGUUCUUCUUCACGUACGUGCCACAGAUGGCCAUUAUGGCCUUCACUAGUGGCCCAUUGGCUGCUAUUUCCGCAGCAAUUCUCGUCCUUGGCGAAAGUUCCGCCAUAACAAACGUCCUCUCGCGCUCAUUCCUCGUCGAAGACGCCCUAAUCGAUACCUUCGAUGGCACCUUGGUCGCGCGUGACCAGGAGCCACUCGUAGCACAAGGACGCCAGAUGAAACCCCGAUCGGGAGGGAAAGAUGCGAUGGCUAGGCUGGGUAAGAUAUUUACUCGCCCUCUCGCUCGGCUGAAUCCACGGGCGCUGCUGCGAUCGUUGCUCUACCUGCCCCUGAACCUUAUUCCUGUGGUCGGGACAGUGUUGUAUAUCUUUAUGCAGGGGAAAAGAGCAGGACCGGUACUUCAUGCCAGAUACUUCCAGCUCAAGGGCUGGGACUCUACGAUGCGAGAGGAGUGGGUGAAGAAAAAUCAGGGCGCGUACACUGGACUUGGAAUUGCAGCCUUUGUUUUGGAAAUGAUACCAUUUGCCUCCAUCGCGUUUUCAUUUACGAAUACUGUCGGCGCGGCUCUCUGGGCUGCCGAUUUGGAGAAGGCAACCAAGUAG